AUGGCAGCCUCCAGCGAUGUUGCUGUCCAGAUGGCCGUAGCCCAGGCCAAAGCAGACAUCGCACUGGCCCUGACUGAACAGUUUCAGAAGGAGCUCAACAACCUCCGCGAUGCCCUCGAGCAGGCCACCAAGGAGAACAAAGCUCUGAGGAGCGAAAAUGAGAGCCUUCGGUCGCGCCUGCAGGUCGGAGCAGCAGAAGGGGAAGAAGACGUGCUGCUCAACAACCUCGAGGAGGAAGAAGCCGAGGCUGGUACGGGACGACCGCCACCAGAGGGUCAUAUAUUCAGCAAUGGCGGACCCUACAGGCCCUCCAAAAAUGAGCGUGCUGAUACAACUCGCCUCAAGCAGGAGCUCAACCGGUGGACCCAGGCCCACGGCUACUCGGUGAAGAUCAUGCGGUCCAAGCUCACUGGGGCGAGGGUGAAGCUCGUCGUCACCUGUGUUCUGGCUGGCAAGCCCAACCUGAUGGACGAGCAGCGGAGGCGGGAGAAGGCAAACAUGGGCUGUCGCAUCAACAAACCGCGUGUUUCCAAGCUGCGCGACUGUCCGCUGCGCUUCCUGCUGCAAGAGAUUGUGCAGGGCUCAGGGACGUUCGUCGUCCAGCACAGCGAUUUGCCCACGCACCAGCGAUGCAAUCACGAACCUGAUCGGUCCCUGAGGCAAUUAGGAGCUGGGCUUUGA